UGACAGGGAGAAACCAGGAAAUGUGCCAACCUCGUGACAGAGAUAAUGUUGCAGCUUUGUUAUCCUCGCCUCGAUAUCAACGUAACUAAAGGUCUGAACCAUCUUCUUAAAGCACCUUUCUGUGUUCAUCCCAAAACUGGAAGAAUCUGUGUUCCCAUUGACAUUCGAAAAGUUGACAAAUUUGAUCCAUUUUCAGUUCCAACAGUGAGCCAGUUGUGUGAAGAGAUCAACGUGUACGAUGCAAAUAACAAGGCCAACCAGGAAGAAAUAAUGGAUCACUCAACCUCUGAUAACGAUACUACCUCUUCACAGGAGGUUAAUCAGAAAAAGUCUAAAAUAAAAGAUUAUAAGAAGACUAGCCUCAUCCAUGCCAUAAAAGUCUUUGAAGAGUUUGUUUUGGAAUUAGAAGCUUCAUGGAAAGGCAAACGUUUGGAAAUGAAUGAUAUAAAAAGAGAAUUCUGAAGAUAGCACCCUUGUAAAAUUGCACUUGUGACUGCCAAUAUAAAAAGAUAAUUCUGAAGAUAGCAUCCUUGUAAAAUUGCACUUGUGACUGCCAAUAUAAAAAGAGAAAUCUGAAGAUAGCAUCCUUGUAAAAUUGCACUUGUGACUGCCAAUAUAAAAACGAGAAUUCUGAAGAUAGCAUCCUUGUAAAAUUGCACUUGUGACUGCCAAUAUAAAAACGAGAAUUCUGAAGAUAGCAUCCUUGUAAAAUUGCACUUGUGACUGCCAAUAUAAAAACGAGAAUUCUGAAGAUAGCAUCCUUGUAAAAUUGCACUUGUGACUGCCAAUAGAUUGGAUUUCUGAGAGAAUGUAAUGUUGACAGUGCUAUGUGUUAGAAUAAGUAUGGUAAGCUUUUCUAUCAAACACAUGUUUAUGUAUAAAGAAUGUUUUUGAAGUAAAUAGCAGUUCAACUUUUUGUAUUAAACUAAUUGAAAUAAAACUGUGAGAUAG